GUACUUUUCCAGGCUGCUUGGAGCUUUGAUGGGGCCUGUGAUGUGGAUUAACUUGUCCCUUUUAUUUCAUGGCUCUGAAUCAAUGACACGAAUCUUCUACAUUGCUGCUGUGGAGAAAAACUGGAAUUAUCAGGAUAACAAUGUAUCUCCAGUUUACAGAGAACCUACUGAGAAUUUGUAUGUUUCGGAAGUAUACAGAAAAGCAGUUUAUGUGGAGUACAUGGAUGCUACUUUCACAAAGACUCGGCCACAAUCAAACGUGACAGGUCUUUUGGGUCCAACUAUUCGGGCGGAAACAUUUGAUACUAUUGUCAUUCACUUUAAGAACCUUGCAAACAUCCCUUACAGUAUGCAUGGGGUGGGGAUUUCUUAUGGAAAGAACUCAGAAGGUAGUGAAUACGAAGAUGCAACAAGUCAAUCAGAAAAAGGAGAUGGCAGGGUUGCCCCUGGAGAUUUGCAUACAUAUACUUGGGAAAUCCCACUUUACUAUGGACCAACAGAGACAGACCCACCCUGUGUGACCUCUGCUUACUUUUCUCAUAGUAACUUUACUUAUGAUAGUAAUGCUGGUAUGGUGGGACCUAUUCUAAAAUGUAAGCCAGGAUCUCUUUCUCAAGAUGGAUAUCAGAAUGGUGUUCAGGAAAAAAUUCUCCUCUUUGCGGUAUUUGAUGAACGCUAUAGUCAUUAUUCAAAUGAAAGGACUGUUAAAGAAGUACAUACAAUUAAUGGAUAUACAAAUAACACUUUGCCAGAAAUCAUCUUGUGUCAGAAAAAGCCACUUUCUCUGCAUAUUAUUGGAUUUGGGAAGCAUAACGAAGUUCACAGUAUUUCUCUGGAAGGCCACAGCUUUGUACAGAAAGGACAUCGUGUAACUACACUACCAGUUAGUUCUUUCACGUUUCUUACAGCUUCAGUUUCACCAGGUGAUAAAGGGGUGUACAAAUUAUCUUGCCAGACUCCCUCUCACCCAACAGGCAGAAUGGCAGCUCAGUUUAAGGUAAAAGAUUGUGCAGACGAACCUGUAAAGCAGAUGUUUUUGUCAUAUGUCUAUGAUGAAGAAGAUGAGGAAGAUGAAUAUUACCAGUCAACAAUCUUUGAGUUGACAGAUGAUCCAUCCACUAUACAAGUGCGAUCUCGUGGAAAACAAAUACCUUUCACAUGGACAUAUUACAUUGCAGCUCUGGAAGUGCAAUGGGCAUAUCAUCCGGACAGCAGAGAAAAAAACAGCUCAUUCUACACUAAGGCAGUAUAUAAAGAAUUUACAGACUCUGAGUUUCUUCAUCCCAAACAAUCAGGGUUGCCAGAAAGAGGAAUACUAGGACCAGUACUGAGGGGAGAAGUAGGAGACAACAUCCGGGUUAUAUUCAAGAAUAUGGCUCAUCGCCCAUAUAACUUGUAUCCUCAGGGGCUGAGCAAUGUAAAGUCUGAGCAACCCUAUUAUACAGGUGAGCAUUUGAAGGACUAUCCCAUAUAUCCAAAUGAAUCCAUAACGUACAUUUGGAAAGUAAGCAAGGAUGAUGCACCUACAUAUUCUGAUACUCAAUGCCUCACCAGAUAUUACUCCAGCUCCCUAUAUCCACAAAGAGAUUUAGCAUCUGGGCUAAUUGGACCCCUUUUAUUAUGUACAAAACAGACACUGGACAAGCGUGGAAACCAGAUAAUACCAGACAAAGAACACUUUCUUGUGUUUGCUGUGUUUGAUGAGUCUCAAAGUUGGUAUCAAGAUAAGCAUCAGUUCUUUGGAAAUUUACCUAAAAGCCAAUCUUUAGACAAGAAGUCUUCAAAACUGAAUUUAAAACACUCUGUCAAUGGUUUUCUGGACUCUCUACAUGUCAGCUUGUGUCAGAAUGAGGUCAUUCUGUGGCAUAUCCUUAACCUUGGUCAAGUCUAUGAACUUCUGUCCAUUCAGUUUGGAGGGAACACAUUUUCCAUUGACUCCAGCUACCAGGAUACACUGACUAUGUUUCCAAUGAGUGGUGAAACAAUAGUUAUGGUCAUGGAGAAGACAGGAAACUGGACAGUGGCUCCCUUGGAAUCUGAUCUGGCAGAUUUGGGUAUGAGAGUAUCAUUUAGUGUCUCAAAAUGUGACCAUUUACGCAAUGAUUAUGAAGACAUUACAUAUUUUUUUCAAGAUACCUCAGUUCCCAUGAAGAAGGGGAUUAGUGAUCAACUGCAUCUCCAGGAGAUAAAGCAUAAAAACAAUGUUACGAAAUUCAAGAGAUCUUCAGAAAAAUUGCUUGAAGGCUACAUGACAACAAGAGCUUACCAUUCCCACCAAGGAAUUAACCUCCAAACAAAUAGAAAUUUGGCACGGGUGCCGCUAAUAGAAACAGAAGAGAAAAAACCUGCUAGGUCAGAUAUAGACUUAAAACCAGGAGACUCUUGGACAGAAAUUGUUGACAUAGCUGUAGCUACAAACUUGUACAAAAGGAGUGACGCAACUAUUGCAAAAGAGGUGCUUGGAGCAGUAAAAUUAAAAUCACAUGAGAGAACAAAGCAACUGCCAAAUGGAACAAAAAAGGCAGAGAGUGCUGGAACCACUAUAUUGGACAGGAACAUAAGAACAAAAGAGAGAAAUAAGAGGGCAAAUGGUGAUCAGGCAGGACAAAUAAAUGAGCCUAGCAAUCUAAUGGAGAAAAUUGAUACUAGCAAUCUAAUUGGAAUACAUGGGGUAACUAAUGAAAAUAUAACAAGAGAGCAGUUUAAACACGUGACUUUUAGAGAGAACCCACCAAGCAAAUCAACUGAGAAGGGAGAAAAUAAUCACGUACACAAAAAUACAAGCAAUAACUUGGAAUAUGAGAAAGGAAAUAAUUAUCAUAUUAAUGGAUACUAUGAUGAUUACAACAGUACAGACCUAGAGGACAUAGAUCUUUAUGGAGAAGAGUGGGAUAAAGACCCCCGUAGUAAUAAUGGAAUACUGCGUACUUUUUUUAUAGCUGCUGUAGAGGUUACAUGGGAUUAUGGGUCUGGAAAAUCCCCUUAUUUUACGACAGAAAUACGACCUGUUUCUCAUGGCUUUCCAUGGUAUAAGAAAGUCGUUUUUAGAGAAUAUCUAGACAGUAAUUUUUCGGAAGCAGCAAAACGUGGAGAGAGAGAUGCUCACUUGGGUCUGCUGGGUCCCUACAUUCGAGCAGAAAUUAAUGACGAAUUCAUAAUUCAUUUUAAGAACUUGGCUUCACGUCCAUAUUCUUUUUAUUCCAACAUUCUGACUGGGAUUAUAGAAGAAGGUGUUCCUCCUCAGCAUACUCAUACUUAUUCUGGGAAAGUAAGUGUCAAUAUGGGACCCAUGGAAUCUGAAGCUGAAUGCAAAGCAUGGCUCUACACUUCUAACAUCCACCCAGAAAGAGACUUGAAUUCUGGACUUAUUGGACCAUUCCUUAUAUGUCGACCCCAAGUUUUGAGUCGAUCAUUUGAUCGUCAGCUUUCUGUUGAAGACUUCUCUCUUUCGUUUAUGGAAAUUGAUGAAACAAAGAGUUGGUACUUUAAUGAGAACUUGAGAAAACAUUGCCCCUUGAAAUGUAUCCUUCAAAGGCGGCCUCCUGUUUCAUGUCCUCCGGUCUGCAUCUUUCAGAACUCUAAUGCUGAAUUCCAGCAACGACACACCUUCCAUGUAAUUAAUGGACACUGUAAAGACACAUUACCUGGACUGGUGGUUCCACUUGAACAGAAAAUACGUUGGCAUCUUUUUAAUGUGGGGAAAAUCAAUAACAUCGCCAUUCACUUCCAUGGAAAUAUACUCAAACAUCGGAGCCAGCAUAAAUAUCAUAUCGAUAUCCUUAAUUUGUACUUGGGUGUUUCUAUAACUGUAGAGAUGGUCCCUCAAUCAUCAGGCCUAUGGCGUGUAGAGUCUGAAGGAGAACAACAAAACAUUGGAAUGAGCGCCCUAUACCUGGUAUAUAACACAAGAUGUCGACAGCCACUUGGCUUGUCAUCUGGAAAAAUCAAGAAUGCUCAGAUUUCUGCUUCAGGACAUUACGGAUCAUGGUUUCCAGCCCUUGCCAGAUUAGGUAACAGUGGAUCCAUAAAUGCAUGGAGUGUGGAGAGUAUGAAUUCUUGGAUUCAGGUUGACCUCCUUACCCCUACUUUGCUUCAUGAAAUUCACACACAAGGAGCACGACAGCACCUACUCUCUCUCUAUAUCUCCCAGUUUGUAGUGAUCUACAGUUUAGAUGGAAAAUUAUGGAUAAAAUACCAAGGAAAUGCUAGAGGAAGCCAAAUGGUAUUUUUUGGAAAUGUAGAUUCUUCCGCUGUUCGUGAGAAUAUUUUUGAUCCUCCGAUCAUUGCUCGCUUCCUGCGGCUUUACCCUACCCAUGCAGGAGUAAGAGCUGCACUACGGAUGGAGUUAUUUGGAUGUGAUAUUACAAGUUGUUCUCUGCCCCUUGGGUUGCAAAAAGGUGAUGUCACUCCACAACAGUUCUCUGCCAGCUCCUAUCUUAAGUCUAUGUUUUCAUCAUGGUUUCCGAAUUUAGCAAGACUGCAUCAACAAGGACGAGUUAAUGCAUGGAGACCACAGGUAGACAAGUCUGGUGAAUGGCUUCAGCUGGAUAUUGGUUACCCUAUGAAGGUGACAGGUGUAGUGACACAAGGAGCACGCUCAGCAUUUACUCCCAUGUAUGUCACUCAUUUUUCUCUAAGCUUUAGCAGUGAUGGCCAUGUCUGGGAUGUUGUGCAAGAUCCUAAAGGAUAUCCCAAAGUUUUUGAUGGUAAUGAAGACUCUGACACACCUUUUUGGGUCUUAGUGACUCCUGCUAUUGUUACACGUUUCCUGAGACUGCAUCCUGAAAACUGGAAGGGUGGUAUUGCUCUAAGAAUGGAAGUUCUAGGUUGCAAAAUAUCUUGAUUUUGUUUGUGUUC